GGGCGUUCCCGAAUCUCUCAGGUCUGGAAUAUAAACGGGGAGGGGUUACAGCGUGACUGACAAAUCAGAGGCGUGGUCAGACAAAAGCGAUUGUCUGGUUAUUUUGUUUAAGAAUAUUGUUAGAUAAAUGUUAUUAUUUAUCUUGGGUCGUGCAUUCAUUUUCGUUUAUUGAUGCAAUGUUUGAUAGCAGUACAGUCGGGUUUUUUUUUUUUUUUUAUUAUAAUACCAACAUUCUCCUCUAUCACAUGACGAGGGUGGAGACUGUCACAUGAGGCCGUGUCGGUGUGAGGAUGUGAGCGGCGGCGCCCGGGCGUGCGGGAUAAGCUUCUGCAACAGCAGACCAAAGAGAGAAGUCAUUCAGUGUGUGACGAUGUUACCAGCGCCUGGUGUGUUCCACUUUCUCUGGGAGAUCACCUCCGGGGCUGUCCAGGAGGGGGCGACAGUGAGGACUAUUGGCAGGCUGGCCUGUUACAGAUUAGAAGACUCAGAGGUGACCCUGACAGUCCGUCACGGAUCCACUCAGCACCAGCUUGUGGUUCUCACAGGCUUCGUGGAGCCCUUCCUGCCCAUUACCGGGGCACUGUACAUGAUGCUGGGGGAGUGUGAGAGCAUAGAAGCAGAUGGCACCACAGUGCUGCGCGCGCGUGUGCUGAACUGCGUGGAAGGGGUUAACCUGCCGCAGCUGGAGGACGCGGUGAGCGAGCAGAGGAGGUUCUUCCAGGAGAGGGAGAGGGAGAGGGAGAGGGAGAGGGAGAGGGAGGGGGGCACAUCCGCUCCGCACACCAGCGCCGAAGGGCCCUGCUGACUAGAUUGUCAUUACUGAGACUCGCUGGCUGAGUGGCUGUACAGCAGCGUGUGGGGGUACUGCGGGUGCCACAGAACUGUAUGACAAGAGGACUUCUGCACCCUGCAGGGUCAUACUGGGACCAGCAAGGCGGCUGACUGGUUUAGACCAAGCGCUCCUGUUCAUAACCAGGAUACCAAGUCCCUAACCUUCUCAAACCAGCUACUCCUCACACUGCAACCCAGAACUGGUAACAUUAACCCUGCCAUAGUCUCAGCAUGAAGACGGUGUGCUUUGAACCCAUUCUCUUUGCAGUAGUCCUGGCUCUGUUUCUCCAAUGGUAAGACAUGAUUAGGCAGUAGAUGUUUCGGACUCAUUUUUCAGUGCUGUGGUAGAAUGCAACCUGACCGUUUCUGUGAGUUCCAAAAAACUAGAAGUAUACUAACCAGUGGAGCCAAUGCAAAACAAGGGGCGACCUGAGAUGGCAUUUGGUGAGGCGAACAGACUCGGACACAUCAGCUUGCUGCAUGUGGGACAGGAACAGGUUUUAGUCUCUUCAUGAAAUCAGUUCUUUAUUUUUCAUUCUAGCAUCAUGGCUGACAGCGAUUUCGGUUUCUUCAUGGCGAUUUUUUUUUUUUUUUUUUUUUUUUCCAAGCAGAAUCUAUAUGUUAUGUAAUUAACUGUCACACUAAUAACAUUAGUAUGGGUCAAAUAUAUGAAAUAAAACUCACUACACAGUAUGGAAAUGGAGGCUACCUUUACUGUAGUUGGCCAGUAUUGCAAGCUUGUCAUUUAUCUAACAUUAGAAUACAAAGACUGGCCCAGUAUACAGAAUCAACUAUUUCUGCAUCAAAGUGGAAUGAAACCUGCUGAGUAAUGUUACAUUAACAUGUUGAAUUAUACAGCGCUUUGGAGCUUUCCAUGUAAUUAACAAAAAACAGACACAUUGAAAAAUGUGACAUUCAGUACUACUCUAAUGGCUUCCGGUAAAUAUUUGCAAUAUAAUUAUAUAAUUUGAA